AUGGCUGCUAACUUCCCACCGCCCUCCGCUCCUGCUCAGGCGGGAAGGGUGUACGGAGGUCCCCAAGAGAAGGAGGCCGAAGCUUCCAUCAGCAGUAUCUCUGCUUCUCAAGACGCGGUCGAAGCAGCAGUGUCAGGCGAUCGCCCGCAGAAGAGACGAGAGAAAGGAAAGAAAAGGGAGCAGAGCAAGGAAGACGAGGGGAGCAAGGAAGGGAGGAGGAGCAAGGACGAUAAGAAGAGGUCUCGAAAUGAGGCCAAGCUGGGCGAAGGAAGUACAUCGAGCAAACGCCAGCGCAAGCCCAGGAGCCCAUCCGUCCAGUUCUUGGAAGCGCCCCCUCGUCAGCCUGUGCCUACGGUUGACUUGACGAACAUCGAUAGCGAUGACGACAACGAUUCGGAACCAGCUCUUCCCGCCGACCUGCCCUUCCCCCACUCGCACGGCAAUUCUUCCCCUUCCCCUGCUCCGCCGACCUUCGGGUAUACUCCUGCACGGUCCGGCUCCUCCAACGCAUCUUCGGGCCAGGCUGCGGAACAUGCGCCAAGCGAACUGCCCUGGCAGCCCAGCCCCACUGUCGUGCGUUCUUGGAUCGAUCAAUACACCACGAGAUCGCGGAACGGCAGGAUCGACGUUCACGCCGGUCUCGAGUGGACCUUGAUCACGAGCGACAACGUCCUCGACAUCAAGGCCAUGAAGCAUCAAUGGCUCCUUCGAGCAAUCCGGGACGAGCUUUAUCGGCUUCACGGCGCAAACGUCGACAUCAGGUGGUCCUUCGACGGAAGGGAGGUGGUCUGUCUGGCGGGAGACACUUUCACGGCGGUCCAAGACCUGCUCGGCAUGGGGGGCGGGUACGGGGAGUAUGCGGAGGCGGGAGCGUGCGCUCAGUGCAGCAGUGGGGAGAACGGGGAGUACAUCAGUCACUUGGCUGUCAAGUGCGUGGCGGACCGUGAAGGGGAUAAGGAGUGUUUCCCUUGUCGUGCCUUGGGCAAAAAAUGUGGCGGGGUGUUGAGACCGGAGAAUUAG